GCUUCGCCUUCGCUGCGAUUCCAACGGGGACGACUUGCCCGGAGGGUCAAAUCCUGGAGCCAGAGCGAGACGAAGAGGGCUUUCAACGACAGUGCAUUCCCUUCCCGGAGAAUUUGAAGACGGCUUUAACAGGAGUGGAGCUGAAGGCUGGUGCGACGACAUGGCCUGCAGACUGUCCGAGGUUUGAUAUUGCUCUCGGAUGCAUGCCGGUCGUGCUUCCGCAGUCCUGCGUGUGGAGCUGGCUAUCGCAGAGCUGUGACACACCGGAUUCGGAAGCUGAAGGAGGCCCUCCGGGGAAGGUUUACUACGAUGCCUGCAAUGCGGGGCCCUGGGUCCAAUGCCAGACCUGGGCAAUGUUUGGCACGAAGCACCCGUCCUUCAACUGCGACGCUACGGAGGUAUGCUAUGAACCGGAUUAUAAUUGCGUCUCGCUGGCCGGCAGCUUCGAUCUCCGAGUCUCCAGCAUCGACGAUGUGCGGGGUGACGGUGAGUUGUUCGCCGCCGGCCUCAAGAAGGGGGUUGUGUCUGUGGCGCAAGUCACCGAGGAUGAUGUGCAGCUCACGGACAGCCUGGGCAUCUUGCCGCAACCUGACCCUUAUGGCGGCGGCUAUGGUGACUUCUUCCGGCGACUCAAUGCAGUGGCAGGUGAACAGUUUGUGGUGAAUUACAAGAUCCUGAGCUUGCCUCUGACGGUCUUCCCCGCUGUCGUCCUGAACUCCACCGACGCGAUAAUCGCGGCAGCGAACACCCACUUCUUGAACGGGACGAACUCGACGAACAACUCGACCAACUCUUCGAACUCCGAGAAUCGCACUGCAAAGUUCUCGAUCCUUUCGCUGGAGUUUGUCAACAACACGGUGUCUACCCGAACAGAGAUCGAGUCCAGCGGAAACGAUGGCGAUGGUGAUGGCUCUGGCCCUGAUGGUGGCGACGACGGCGACUUUGGAGGAGGAGGAUUCGGAGACGACGGCUUCGGCGAUGAUGGUUUCGGCGGUGAUGGCAACGGAGACACCGACGGUGGUGGAGACGAUCCUCCAAACGAUGGUGGAGACGAUCCUCCGAACGACGGUGGAGACGGUGGAGAUCCUCCCGCGGAUGGUGACGAUGGAGAUGAUGGUGAUGAAAGGUUGUUGCGGCUGUAG